CAUAAUUGAAAAGCCUACUAUAAUGACAAAUUUGGAGUAAAUACUUUAUCUGAAAUGGGUUGGAAAUUAUGGAGAAAAUAACAGAAAAAUAGGUAGGUGGAAUGUUACUUGGAUAGGAAUAACUAUGAAUAAAAUUGGAGGACAGUAUUCUAAUGAUGGGAAAAAAUAAGGUAGUUGGAUUGAGAUAUUUUAAAACUUUUGGACGUAAAAUAAAAUUAAUAAUUUAUUAGGAGAGCUUAAGUUUAUGAAUUUGGAGGGUAUUUUAACAACUUAAGGCAUGGAUAUUGGAGGUAUUUAUAUAAGGGUGAAAUAAUGUAUAUUAAAUCAAUAUUAAUAAUAUUAGUGACGGUGGUGAGUAUAAUGAAGUAGGGGAAAAAAGUGGAAAUUGGCAUUAAUUAAGUGAUAAUUUUUGGGAUGAAUCAUAAGUGGCUUAUUCUGGAGAAUAUUAAAAAGGUAAAAAGAUUGGUAGUUGGAGUAUUCUUAUUAGGAGAACUACAAAUAAUAAAUUUCAAAAGAUGUAAAUAUAAAAACUAAAAUUUAGUGGUGGUGGAUCUUAUGAUAAAGAAGGUUAAGGCAUUAAGACUGGGUAUUGGAUUGAUUUAAGUGAAGAAUUUAGAAAUUCAGCUCAAAUUGUUUACAGUGGUGAAUAUUAAAAUGGCAAUAAGGUUGGAAAAUGGAAUAUUUUUUAUAGAAGAGCAUUUGAUAAUAAAUUUAAACCCAUGUAUAUCAUUAAAAAGAACAGUUUAGCGGUGGCGGGUGUUAUGAUAAAGGAGGUUAAGGCAUCAAGAUUGGGAAGUGGGGAGUAUUAAGUGAAGAAUUUAGAGAUGUUUCUUAAAUUAUUGAGGUUGGGGAAUAUAAAAAUGGCAAUAAGACUGGUAGUUGGAGCAGCUUUUAUAGAGGGACACCGGAUAAUGAAUUUAAGUUGAUGUAAUUUUUAUUUUUUUAAGCUUAGUGGUGGUGGGUUCUAUGACGUCAGAGGAUAAGGCAUCAAGAUUGGACGUUGGAUUGAAUUGAGUGACGGGUUUUGGUAUUAUUCAUAGGUCACUAAUAUUGGCAUAUAUCAAAAUGGUAAAAAGGUUGGAUAGUGGGAAACUUUUUUUAAUUACGGAGGAUAAUAAAAAAUGUAAAUUCUUAUUUAAUAUAAAUUUCAAUCAAUAGUGGCGGAGGUUCAUAUGAUAAAAGUGCUAAUGGCAAUAAAAUUGAAAAGUGGGUUGAAUUAAGUGAUCGAUUUUUUAGCAAUUCUUAAAUUUUUUUAAAAGGCUCAUAUAAAGAUGGGAAAAAAAUAGGCGCUUGGUAAAUUGUAGGGAGAAAUUGGAAUGAAUAAGAUUUAUCUCUGAUGUAAAUCUUAAAAUAUCAAUUUUUAGCGGUGGUGGGUCAUAUGAUACACAAGGUUGUGGUCUUAAGGUUGGAAAAUGGGUGGAGUUGGAUGAUUGGUAUUCUAGCGAUUCUAAAGUUACAUAUAGCGGUAAAUAUUAAAGGGCAAAAAAAGUUGGUAAUUGGGUAGUAAUUAUAGACUACUUAGAAUACAGUAAAAUUUAGUAUGAUAUAUGA